AUGGUCCGCCUCAAAGUCUCGCUGCGCGACCGGGUGCGCAUCGCCGCUGUCUGCAGAUCGUGGCGCAGCCUGGCAUCACGGCACCCUGCAGAGCCCACCGUCCCGUUGCUGCUGAUCUCGCCGCCGCACAAAUCCGUCGGCCCCAUGUCGGAGCGUCUGUACAACCCCGAGGAUGGUGGGCGCUUUUACUUCAACGUGCCUUGGGACCUUUGGUACAAGCGGAUCGUCGGUUCCUACGAUGGCGGCUGGAUCGCCGCCAUCGGCAACCACAAGCUUGUGAUCAAGAACCUCUUUUCAGAUACGGCAGCUACGCUUCAGCUGAAGACUGGGUUUGACUUCCAGGUGUGCAAAAUCGUCUUCUCGGAGGCCCCGACCUCGAGCAACUGCAUCUUGGCCGCCAUCACCACUAACAGAUUAAACAUUGCAAUGUACAGAGUUGGCCGACCGGACGGCGGCUGGACAUCGACACGAGGGCCUUCCAUGGAGGAGCUCACCGACAUUGCUUUCUGCGGUGAAGAGCUCUAUGGCCUUUGUGGUGACAAUUUCGAAGCAUCGGAUUGUGUCUCUAAGGAAAGAACGAUGCUUAAGCUGUUCAAGUUUGACAUCGGCGUAAAUGAUGACGGUGCACCAAUGGUCAUUGGUGCACAACAAUUGGGCGAACAGUUCGACAUUGGAAUGAGAGACAGCGUGAACAUGUGGAUGCCCAUACGGGAGCGCAAGAAACAGAUACGCGGCAGCUACAUUGUCGAUCUACAUGGCAAGCCAUCUAUCGCAGUUGUGGCUAAAUGGCAGCAUGACCUCGGGCCUUUCUUCAAAGUGUUUUUCCUGGUUAGUGACGAUCAUGAUGACUAUAUGUGGGAAGAGGUGAUGAGCCUGGGUGACUACGCCUUGUUCGUAAGCCCAACUUGCUCCAAGGCGGUGGAGGCUGGUGGCCAUAUGAAGGGAAACACAGUGUAUUACUCGUGCCAUCGUGGCUACUCGGGUAGCAGCAAGUUGAGAGCCGGUGACGGAGACGAGGUGGAGAGGAUUGGGUCGGUAGGGUUGUACGUAGGGAACGGUCCUCUUGGUUCCAUGUGGCUUCUCCGUCCUGCAGAGUUAUCAAUUAAUAACCGAACUGCGUGCACAAUUUAUUUAGACAUACAUGCUAUAGGGUAG